AUGGCGUCUCCUUGGCUUGAAAAAUUAAAGAAAGCACAGAAAACUUGCAUUAUUCAAGAUGGACGCAGAAAAAUACAUUACUCAUUUAGUGAUGGUACAGAGCUUUCUGAAGAAUAUUCAGUUAAAAAUGGAGAACUUAUCGUUCGUAAAUGGCGUAAAAAAGGUACAUUAGGUGGCGUUGGUAAUUGGGAUUAUGAGAUAGGUGAAGAACUAGUACCAAGACGAUUAGAUUCAGAGGGCAUGGUGGAAAGUACAGCUAACCCAAUAUUUGUAAGAAAGGACACAUUGACUAAUUUUCAGUGGAGAAUAAGAAAUCUACCCUAUACAAUAGAUAAUUAUAUUGUAACUGUUAGUGAUGAUAACCAACAAAUUAUUAUUAAAACUAAAAAUAAAAAAUAUUAUAAAAAGUUUAAUAUACCAGAUAUGGAGAGAAAUGGAUUGGUAUUAAAACCAGAAAAUGUUCAAAUAGCUCAUGCUAAUAAUACACUGAUUGUUACAUAUCCUAAACCAGAAGAAAUAUUAAAGACUGAGAAACAACUUCAACAAGAAUUACAGAAAAUGAAAGCAAGUCAGGAUGGUGAUGUUGAUUGUAGACCAAGUUGA